CGUGUUGGUUCCCACCUGGAAAUCUUCCCAGAUGUCGUCCGUGACCUGCCACUGUUCUCCAUCAAGCCCUACCACGGCAUCCUUGCUCCUGGCCAGAAGCAGACCUUUCACGUGCGGUUCUCCCCAAAGUGCGCGGGGAAGUUUGAGACCACCCUGCUGUGCAGGAUUCCUAACCUGAAGCCCGCUCAGAAGACAGGGCAGGUGAUUGUGAAAGGCAGAGCCCAGGAGCAGAAGAAUCUUGGUAAACCAUUAGAGCAGACAGAGGAAGGCCAGGGACCCGAGAAGCAGAUGCUCUGGAAACCAACAUCCGAGUAACAGUGUUUGUGUCAGCUGGGGCCUCCUGCAGGAGCCGGCAACAUCAUGCCUUCUGCUGGUGACGGUCUCCCACCCUUGACCAGAGACCUCUGCAGCUACCCUUCCAAGUUUCAGUGAACAUCUCUAGCUUACCUUUUCAUUACUGACAUUAAUUAACUGUUUAUGAGACUGAUAAUUAAUUGAUAAAUAAUAAUUGUCCAUUAAUUGUCAACAAAUUAUUAGUUGUCAGCUUGUCUUGGUUUGAAAGACAGGUGUCUGCAGAACCUCUCUGGAAUGCUAUUGCCGGCCGGGGGCUAUGUACAAAUCAUGAACGGGAUGGGACUGCUAGGAAUUGCCUUGAGCUGUUUUAUUUUCCAGCAUCACUGUCAUUACAUGGUUAUGACAAUCGAAAGAUGCCAGCAGCUCACAUCCCCAGCAGCAGACAAAGAACUUAAUGUUACAACUUACUUUUUAAGUUUUUUGACCAAUCACACA